CUAGCUGAUUUAUACUGAAGAACAUCAGAAUUCAAGAGGGAUAAUGGACCGUGUGAGCUGCAAAGGCAGCGAGUCCUCACUGUGGCACUGUCAGGCUCAGCAUGGCAAGAACAUCCAGUGUUCAAAACAACCUUAUGUGGUGUGUUCAGGCAGUGUGGAGGUGAAACUGGCAGAUGGUCCUGGAAGAUGUGCUGGAAGAUUGGAGAUAAAGCAUGAGGGCCAGUGGAAGAAAGUUCCUGUAAAAGAAUGGACAGACGCUCAAUCAGCAGCUGUCUGCAAACAACUGCAAUGUGGGGAAAAAGGCAAAACUGAAAAAUUCAGUCAGGGUUCUGGUAGCUUCCUGUCAAUAACGUGUCCGAGAAAUAAGAAGAUAUCAAAGAUAUCUGAGUGUUUAACAGAAAACUCAAACAACCAAUUUUUGGAUCGGGAAGCGGAAGCAGCUGGAAUCACCUGUGAGGGUGAGUGUCACGUGCCCUUUGACCUUGUUGCUGUGUAUAACUGUUAUAAGUAAUUACACAUGUGUAGCAAAUGAUAGUGCUUUCCCAAAGUAAACAUACUGAAAUAUAAUAAAAUGCUAGAACCAGGAAAAAGACAUUUUCAUUCAUCGAUGUCAGUCAGAAGAAAAAAGUGUUUUUUCCCCUCUGCUUAGUUACAUGCUUCUAUUUAGUAAAUCAUCAAGUCUAAGGUCUAAAUACACUUACCUGUGAAAAUCCAACUAGAAACCCAAAUAAACAAU